AUGACCAAGUACUCCGAGUCCUACUGCGACGUCCUCAUUGUGGGUGCUGGCCCCGCCGGCCUGAUGGCCGCCCGCGUCCUCUCCCAAUACGUCCGCGAGAACCCCGACCUCAAGGUCCGCAUCAUCGACAAACGCUCCACCAAGGUGUACAACGGCCAGGCCGACGGAUUGCAAUGCCGCACCAUUGAGUCGCUCAAGAACCUCGGCCUCGCCGACAAGAUUCUCGAGGAGGCCAACGACAUGUCGUCGAUUGCGCUUUACAACCCAGACGCCAGCGGCAAGAUCCACCGCACCGACCGUAUCCCCGACACUCUCCCCGGCAUCUCGCGGUACCACCAGGUCGUCCUCCACCAGGGCCGCAUUGAGCGUCACAUCCUCGACUCGAUCAACGAGGUCUCGGACACGCGCGUCAAGGUCGAGCGUCCCCUCAUUCCCGAGAAGAUGGUGAUUGACUCGUCCAAGGCCGAGGACCCGGACGCUUACCCCGUCACCAUGACCCUUCGUUACAUGGGCGAGGACGAGUCGACGCCGCUUCAGUUUGGCCACAGGACCGAGAACGGCCUUUUCCGUUCCAACCUCCAGACCCAGGAGGAGGAGGACGCCAACUACCGCCUUCCUGAGGGCAAGGAGGCCGGCGAGAUUGAGACCGUGCACUGCAAGUACGUUAUCGGAUGCGACGGUGGGCACUCGUGGGUGCGUCGCCAGCUCGGAUUCGAGAUGGUGGGCGAGCAGACCGACUACAUCUGGGGUGUUCUCGACGCCGUCCCGGCUUCCAACUUCCCGGACAUCCGGUCGCGUUGCGCGAUCCACUCGGCUGAGAGCGGAUCGAUCAUGAUCAUCCCGCGCGAGAACAACCUCGUCCGCUUCUACGUCCAGCUCCAGGACCGCGCCGAGAAGGGGCAGCGUGUCGACCGCACCAAGUUUACCCCCGAGUCGGUUAUCGCCAACGCCAAGAAGAUCUUUGAGCCCUACACCUUUGAUGUUCAGCAGCUCGACUGGUUCACCGCCUAUCACAUUGGCCAGCGUGUCACGGAAAAGUUCUCCAAGGACGACCGCGUCUUCAUCGCCGGUGACGCGUGCCACACCCACUCGCCCAAGGCUGGCCAGGGCAUGAACACGUCCAUGAUGGACACGUACAACCUUGGUUGGAAGCUUGGUCUCGUCCUCAACGGCCGCGCCAAGCGCGACAUUCUCAAGACGUACGAGCAGGAGCGCCAGCCAUUUGCUCAGGCCCUCAUCGACUUUGACCACCAGUUCUCGCGUCUGUUCUCGGGCCGCCCGGCCAAGGACGUCGCUGACGAGAUGGGUGUCUCGAUGGACGUCUUCAAGGAGGCCUUUGUCAAGGGUAACGAGUUUGCGUCGGGCACUGCCAUCAACUACGACGAGAACCUCGUCAUCGACAAGAAGGGCUCCAAGCAGGAGCUGGCCAAGAACUGCCUUGUCGGCACCCGCUUCAAGUCGCAGCCCGUCGUCCGCCACUCUGAGGGUCUCUGGAUGCACUUUGGUGACCGUCUUGUCACCGACGGCCGGUUCCGCAUCAUUCUCUUCGCCGGUAAGGCCACCGACGCUGCCCAGAUGGCCCGCAUCCAGAAGUUUGGUCAGUACCUCGACUCUGCCAACUCUGUCGUCUCGCGUUUCACCCCCAAGGGCGACGACCGCAACUCGCGCAUCGACGUCAUCACCAUCCACUCGUGCCACCGCGACGACAUUGAGAUGCACGACUUCCCCGCUCCCUCCCUCCACCCCAAGUGGCAGUACGACUUUAUCUACGCCGACUGCGAGUCGUGGCACCACCCCCACCCCAAGUCUUACCAGGCCUGGGGCGUCGACGAGACCAAGGGUGCUGUCGUCGUCGUCCGCCCCGACGGCUACACCAGUCUUGUCACCGACCUUGAGGACACGGCCGAGCUUGACAAGUACUUCAACGGCAUCCUUGUCGAGCCCAAGGAGAAGGCCGGCGCCCAGACCGAGGCCAACUGGACCAAGAUCUCGGCCUAG